UAAGAUCAUGCUUUUGAUGCCGAUAAAUUGUAGUGUUUUUCUAAUUUAAAUUAAAGUAAGUGGAAAUAUGAGUUAAAACAUAUACGUGAGUGUAAAAUUAGACUGUACCGAUAACAUUUGAAAUAAACUGUUAACUAUGGAGGUGGAAUACCUAACAAGUGACCAUUUAGUGGGCUUUGAUAACUACAAGUAUAGUUGUAAGGACACCGGAAUUCUGAGUAUAUAUGUUAUGCACCCGUUCUGGAAUUGGUUAGUCCAAUUCUGUCCAAAAUGGGUUGCGCCCAACUUGUUGACUUUCUCAGGGUUUCUCUUUGCUGUUGCCACAUUUGUGAUGUACGGCGUUAUAGAUUAUCAUUUUUAUUCGGCCGAUCCCGAUCAUCCAGAAGUUCCCGCAUUACCCAAUUGGACCUAUCUACUGGCCGCUCUUUUUAUAUUCCUAGCUUACACCUUAGAUGGUAUCGAUGGGAAACAGGCACGACGGACAGGCACUAGCGGUCCCCUCGGAGAACUUUUUGACCACGGUCUGGACUCUUACACGGCCGGACUCAUUCCUAUAUCGAUGUACUCGAUAUUCGGUCGCGGAUCACGGUUUAGCAUACCGCCCACGCGCAUGUUCUUUACAAUGUGGAAUGUUCUAAUAAAUUUUUAUUUGUCGCACUUUGAAAAGUAUAACACGGGUAUAUUGUUUUUGCCUUGGGGAUAUGACUUCUCAAUGUGGGGCAUUAUCAUUAUAUUUUUAAUGGCCGGGAUUCUGGGGAGUCAUAACCUCCAGUUUGCCCUUCCGAAUGGAAUAACAACUGGUUUGGUGGUCGAAUUGCUCUUGUACAUUUCGGCCCUUGCAUCGAACGUGCCGAUAGUAGUCUACAAUAUUUACAAGUCAUAUAGGGAUAAGACUGGCCAUAUGCGGUCGCCGAGUGAGGCGUUACGACCGCUCUAUCCGAUUGUAAUAUUUUUUGUUCUGUCUCUAAUCUGGAUGUUAAAAUCGCCCUCGAAUGUGGUGGAGACUGAUCCCAGAGCAUUUUUCUUUCUCUUGAGCAACAUCUUUUCUAACAUUUCUGUUCGACUGAUUGUUGCUCAGAUGAGUCACACAAGAUGUGAUUUUUCUAAUUGGUUGCUGGUUCCAACAGCGGCCUGCGUUUUAAUAUCGGUGGGCAGUCAAUGGGAAUCGCUAGAGCUCUCUUUGCUUUACUUUUUAUGCAUCUUUACAACAAUUGCACAUGUGCAUUAUGGAACAUGUGUGGUACGUCAAAUGUGCAGGCACUUUAAGAUUAACUGUUUCUCCAUAAAAAAACAAACUGAUUGACUACUUGCCGACAACGCGUGAUUGCCAGUCAAGUGUUGUCCCUCGGAACCCCAGUUUAAAUUUCAUUUAAUUUAGAACCCCUACCACUGUUUUUAAUCUAAUUUAUUUGUUUGGAUAUAUGUACAUUUUGGUUUUUUAUAAAUUAAUUCUAUACAAGGCGAUUGGUCCCCAUUGAAAGCAGUUUAUCUCGAAUAGUAUUGAAAUUUUGAGAAUAUGAAUAUAUAUAUAUAUAUAUAUAAAAUACCAUUUACACUCAUAGUUAAGAAUUUCAUAUUCGAAUUUAUCAAAUAUUUCAUGUCACUAUGUGCCAGUUUUUUUGUUAAUAUAUUUAAGUUAAGUACAAAAAUUUUAUUUUUUUUUUUCUUUCUCGGUAAAAACCUUAAUUAAUUCAUUUAUUAUGUGAAAGAAACAUACAUGGGAUUAAAGUAACCUUUUAGUUUAAUAUAUCUACAUAUUUUUUAGGAAAUUAAGGCACAUUCUAAAACACAGUUUAGCUAAUUUUAUUAAACAUAAAUAAUUAAUUAUAGUGCAAUAAUAUUUUUGUCUAGUUUUGCAAGAUUUUCGAAUUUUUCUAUUGGUUUUUAACAUAUUUUUGAUGAACAUUUUUUGUAAUAUUCUACCAGAUUUUUUUUGGUAACUGGGUACAAUAAAACUGAUUUCAUAUUAUAAAAAUGGUGACCACGUCCUUAAAAUAGUAUAGUAUAUAUUCUCGUAAGUAUUAUUUUAUGAUCAAAUGGUACUCUAUAAAUAAAAGUAUUUUCUGUUCACAAUUGAUUUAGAACAUUUACAUACAAUAUAUAAUAAAAAAUAACGUUAAAACCAAAAUUAUACGUAUACCUAAAUUAAUAAAUGUUGAAAAUACUUUUAUUUAAAAUCUAUUCCAAAGAUUAAUAUUUAAUUAUCAUAUAUUAGUGUUUUUUCAGUCUAGACAUUCUGUAAGUAUAUUAUAAAACAUCAAAGUAUAUUUGACUAUAAUAUGAUAUACGAAAAGAAAUCAAAAUACUUUAAUGUACUUUUGCGUUGACUAGUACACAGAAUAGAGAAUUUGUAUAUAUGUUACAAAAAUUAUGAUAAGUUUAUUAUUAUUAUUAUAUUUGGGGUACUGACAUUUCGGUUCUAUAAGUUUUUUGUAAUGAACAGGGGGACUGAAAAAAGAAAUACUCAAAUAAAAUAUAUGACAACCAUA